CCUAAGUGAACUAUUAAUUAAUCAGAACAAGCCCACUUUGUUAAUGAUGUAUGACGUGCACCAUUCACCAUUCAAAUCUGAGGUAACCCCUUGAAUAGGCAUUACCUAAUGAGACCAUCAAAGCUAAACACAUGCACAUGAUGUCAAUGUUUGAUUCUAUUCCACCAACAUGGUUGCAUCUCAAGUGUUUCCUUGAUUCCUCUUUCUCCUCGAACUGUGUUGGAGGCGAGGAAUCAAUUAAAUACUAUUGAGAUUUUACCACCAUUAUCUGAAUUCAGAGUUUCCUGAAAGGAGUGGAUGAUGUGAGAGGGUCAGGGGAUAGUCUACUUCGCCGUAGUAACGGUACCUUGGCAACUGCAGAGUUAAUGGGUGAUAUUUAAAGGGCUGGUGGCGGAUCCCUCCCCCAGGUUUCAUACAGGUUGUAUUCCUUCGCUCUCUGGAUCUGCCGCAUAUCAACAGGCAGGAGAGGUUUGCUUCUGACAGUGACUGACUGAAGUAUGUAAGUCUAGUUUCAUUAGAUUCUUUGCAAGAUGAAUUAGCAUUGAGAUAUUUUAUCUUUAUAUUCUUUUUUGCUACAGGAGUGUGUUUAUAUUUCAAUGUGUUAUGUAGCAACUGGUUGACAGGAAAAUUAUAGUAUUUAUCUAUAUUCAUCUAUUAAUUUAUUGAAAGUAUAUGCAAUUAAUAUUAAAAAAUUAUGAUAAAUAAGGUUACUUUUACUUGCUUUUCAUGGUAAUGAUCCAGCAUGAAUGUAAUACAUGGAAUGGAUAAAUAGCUGCUCUGAAUUAAUUUCAUCCUAGACAUCAACAUUUGUAUUUCCUUCUGUACCUGCAUACUUAUUCUCAACCCCACAGUACACCACAAUGAUAUGAAAUGAAUUGUAGACAGGUGAGCGUGGUACCAACGAUCCACAUGAGUAAAGUACAACUGUCAUUUGUGCCUUUCCCAGUUCCCAUUUCAUUUUUUCACAGAGACGAGGAGCGAGGGACAAGGUCACUAUGGGUACCAGCUCCUCAUCAUACUCCCCCAAGACGGUCUACCUAGAUGUGGAUGGGAAAAUGCAGAAGGUGAUUUUCAGUCGAUACUGCAGCCCCUGUGACAUCCGAGAACUGCUGUGUUCUUCCUCUAACAUAGCCAGAAAUACUGCUAUAAGUCUGGUGAACUCAGAGGGAGCGCUGAUCUCCAUUGAUCCCACAAUGCCUACCAACACCCCAAACUCCCAGUACAAAGUAAUGCCUCAGUCGACUGGUCAGGUGGGAGACAAAGAAGACAUGUUCCAGAAUGUUUUGUCUCAGGUGGCAGAGCAAUUUAGCAGGGCUUUUAGAAUCAAUGAGUUGAAGACAGAGGUGACCAAUAGGCUUGCCAUGUUGGAGAAGAGAGUGGAGUUAGAGGGGCUUAAAAUGGUGGAGAUUGAGAAGUGCAAGAACGACCUGAGGAAAUUACGGGAUGAGAUGACCUCAAAGGGAGGAGGAAGAGUGACUUGUGGUUGCAAAUAUAGCUUCACAGAGGACGGCAAGAAACUGUCCCCAAGACGAGACGUUCCAAAUUACCCAAAGUACACUCUAUCCCAGGAGACCAUAGAAGCUCUGAAGAAACCUACAUUUGACGUUUGGCAUUGGGAGCACAAUGAGAUGUUAAGCUGUCUGGAGUACAUGUAUCAUGAUCUGGGCCUGGUGAAGGAGUUUAAUAUGAACCCCAUCACACUGAAACGAUGGCUGCUGGGAAUCCAGGAGAAUUACCGCAACAACCCGUUCCAUAAUUUCCGCCACUGCUUCUGUGUCAGUCAGAUGAUGUAUGGAAUGAUUCACCUGUGCAACUUACAAGAGAGGCUCACCAUGACUGACAUGUGCAUCCUCAUGACAGCUGCCGUGUGUCACGACCUAGAUCACCCAGGCUACAACAACACGUACCAGAUAAACGCUCACACAGAGCUGGCGGUGCGCUACAACGACAUCUCACCCUUGGAGAACCACCACUGUGCCGUGGCCUUCCAGAUCAUCUCCAUGCCAGAGUGUAACAUCUUCGCCAACAUAGAAACGGAGGCCUUCAAACACCUCAGACAGGCUAUCAUCACUCUCAUCUUAGCCACAGAUAUGGCCAGACACGGUGAGAUACUGGACUCCUUCAAGCAGAACGUGGACAACUUUGACUUCACCAACCACAAGCAUGUGACAUGUCUAAAGCUGGUGCUGAUCAAGUGCUGUGACAUCUCCAAUGAGGUGAGACCCACGGAGGUGGCCGAGCCCUGGCUAGACUGCCUGCUGGAGGAAUACUUUAUGCAGAGUGACAGAGAGAAAUCUGAGGGUCUCCCAGUAGCUCCGUUCAUGGAUCGGGACAAAGUGACCAAACCCACCGCUCAGAUCGGCUUCAUCAAAUUUGUCCUCAUUCCCAUGUUUGAGACUGUUAUGAAGCUCUUCCCCCAGAUUGAGGAGAUUAUGGUGCAGCCUUUGCGGGAUUCUCGAGACCACUAUGAAGAACUUAAACAGAUUGACGAUGCCAUGACUGAGGCACAGAAGAAAAAAACUGAGAGCAAGUCAUUAGGAGGAAAGAAGAAAUAAACUUUUCCUGCAAACUCAUUGGUGCCUUGUAAGUUUAAACGUUAGAUGUGACGUGCCCUCCUCUUUCACUCUCUGACCAAACUUUAUCCCACUAAUGAUGUAGUUUACAUUUAUCCCAAUAUGAACAGGAUAUUUAGAGGGGACCUGAUCCUAAAUGAACACUUCUACUCUGAGACAUGCAGCCCAUGUAGCGUUGGUAGGCCCUAGACUGGCUUCAAUAGUAAGUGUCAUGUGCCAUCUAGUGGUCAUACCAGUGUUACCAUACGGUUUAUUAGGCUUCAGAUUAAAUAAAUGUAUGAACUUCACAGGCUGGUGAAAGUGCACAGGGAUUUUGAUGCUGCUUUCCAAUAAAUAUUGAGGGUCUUAUUCUGCUGACAUGAUGAUCGAUGUUUGACUCCCCUUUGACAAAUAAACAUUCUCGCUCUUAUCCAUAAUAAUCUUGUCAUGUAAACGCAGGUGCCAAGACCAGAGUAGGCAUGUUUGCUAUUUAACGGAACAGUUUUUUUGACAAAACUAUCGGUAGAGUUUCAAAACACAAUGGAAACACAUUGAACUUCAGGUUUUUAUUCGGUACAUGAAAACUUAAGCAAAAAAAUGGCUUUUUGUGUCACCACGGAAAGCCAAAACCCCUGUUCAUGCAAACCUGGUGAUUAGAAGGUCCUGUGUAGAUUGUAUUUUCAACCAGAAACUAUCAGGAAAUAACACUGAUAUAUGUUUCCAAUGAGGAAACUGUGUUUGAUUAAUCAGCUGUUGUACAAUAUGAUACAAAACACAUGAAAAAAUGUAAUUUUGACUGCACUGGGCCUUUAAAUCAACUCAUAUUACAUAGCAGUAUUGCCGAUUUAUCAUAUGAUUGAUAUUGUUAUGACAUUCUAUAAAAGGUAAAGCUUUUAUACUAACUAUUUUAGAAUGCAUAUUGACAUGGCUGUUCUAUUGUAGAGAAGUGUGUGUGUAAUAGGUCCACCUCACCGCACCCCUCUCUUUUGAAACCUAGUUCUGUGUGACCUUUGGUACUAUCUCCAGCAGAUGCAUUUUAUGCAAUCUUUUCCUCUUAUCCUGUUCUCCUCAUUUGACCCUUGACCUGAUGUAGAAAUAAUCCAGGAUCACAACUCUGGAGGCUGAGAUCUGUUGUGUCCUAAUCAUGUACUUUCCUCCUCCUUGAAUUGCAUGUGUUGAUAUGUCAGCGGUGGCUGGUGUCAGUUUAAAUCGAAGGACAUGUUCACUGUAAUGGCUAACAUUGCAUUCAAGCCAUUGCUAUGAGCCGUCCUCCCUUUACCAGCCUCCACUGUUAAACGUAUUAUAUGUAUAUUAAUCUGUCUUUGAAUAAGAUCCCAUUGAUGGAUGGCUAUGUAGAUAAUGCCUCACUUUACAAUGUAGAUCUUCUGUUGUUUAUAAUGAUAGUCUUAUCACACAAUGACCCUCGUUCCCAAUUAACUGGUUAUGCCCACCUCUAUGUUUUCUGGCUUUAGAGACCUCGGAUGGUGUUUCCAUUCCGAGGGGGAAGCAAGGCGUCUGCCUGAGCCUGAGCAACCGUCUUGGCUUGGUUUUGGCCAUAGAAAGGGAGACUCCUCCCCUAAUACCACAACUUCCUGUAGUUAUAUAGUUAUGUAGCCAGCCCAGGCAAGUAGGGUGAAGAAAAAUACAAAUUAACCAAUCAGCACUUUCCCUCUCUCCUUAGCCACUCCCAACAUAGUGAGAAGAGGAGAGAAGACGGCAGUGAUAUUGUUUGGCCUUAGGGAUGGCAACACUGGUGCUGGUUUUGUUUCUUCUUGUUAUUUUUGCACAAGGUUUUCUUUUGGUAGAGAAGGAUGAAACAUUUACGGACAAAUAUGAAGAGAUUGUGUCUUCUAAAUUAGUAUGUGAGGUAGGUUAAAUAAUAGUAUUUAUAAUAUGGAUAGUAUUUACAUAGGGCUUUUCAUUGUAUGGGGCUAACGUACUGUACCUCAGCCACCUUAUGGGCAUUUUAAAGACAAAGUUGGAGAUUAGGGACAUAUAGCAGGUCGGCAGUAUUUUAACCAGUUUUGUAGAAAUCACUACAUGAUUUACAGUGAAAGGACAAAUACAUUUCUACCAGUGUAUAUUUUGACACGUGCAUGUAUGACUUUGCAUAUCAAAUAAAAUAGCAAUACUUAUUGGCCGAUUA